AUGACAGACUACAAAAUAGCAGAGACGUCUAUAGAAGAGAUGAAAACAAUUUGCAGUGAACUACUUAACUCGAAGGAAGAGGAAUUAUUCAAUAAACUUAGUCUAUAUAAUGAACUAGAUAAUAAAUUAAAAAAGAUUCAGCCAAUUAUAACAAGAAUAAAACUAAGAAGGAAUGAAACAUGUGAAGAAAAAAAAGUAUAUGGAGAAAAAAUGAUAAAAAAGGUAGAUAUAUUAUUAGAACGGUAUGAAAUAAUUUAUAAUAUAUUUGAAGAAGAGCUAAGUGUUUUUAAAGAAAAUUAUGAAAUUGAAAAAAAAAAACAAAUCGAACAAAAAUUAUUACAAGAAAAACAGAGAAAAAAAGACGAAGAAGAAUUGUUAAACCACGGAAGAAUAAAAACGAAAGAGGAGGAAGAAGAAAUUCAAAAAAGAAAUGAAGAAAAAUUAAAAAAUAUAAAAAAAGAAAAAGAAAAGUAUGAAAAUAAAAUGAAUAUUAUUGAAACAAUUAAAACAUUAAUAAAGGAAAAAGGUAACUUUUUUUAUGAUCAAAUAGUAGCAGCUUGUAACAAAGAAGAUGCUAUAAAAUAUAUAUACACACAAUUAGGUGAAUCCCAAGAAAAUAUCCAAAACCAUAUUAAUAAUAUUACUAAAGAGAAUGGUGAAAUAUACUUUACAAACCCUGUCCAUUUAUUAGAUUGUAUUUAUUUAAUUUAUAAAAAUAAUAAAUUUAAACCUUUUAAAGAAGCAAUGAAAAAUAUUGUUGAAUAUUUAGAAGAACUUAUAAAAAAUAUAGGAGAUGAAAAAUUAAAACUAAUUAAUCUUAUGAAUAAAACAUUUCAAAAUAACAUUUUAUCAAAAAGUGGUACUAUAUUUAUAUUUAUUAUAAUUGGAUAUGUUCUUAAAAAAUCAGAAGAAAUAGAGCAUGUAUUGAAAAAAUUAAACAGAGAAAUAAAUAAUGAAAAUAUUUAUAUAUAUCUAGAAGAACCCAAUAUCACUACAAAUUAUGAUAAAUGGGAAAAGUGGUUCAAUAAUAUGCAUGCAUCUUUAGAUGUAUUAUGCACAUUUUAUAGACAUCUAAAUAAAUAUUCAGAUGUACCUGAUGAUGAAAAAGUGAAAUCUAUUUUUUUGUAUUUAAAGGAAAAAUUCUCAGCUGACCAAAAAUUGGGUAUAUAA